GCAGGCAUGACCACUGCGGUGGCGGCGGCGGCGGCCCGCGGGGCCGGGGUGAGGGCGGCGACCGCGGCGGCCCUGCGGGGCGGCGGCGGGGCUGCGGCCGGGGGGCGGCCGCGCGCGGGCCGCGCUCGGCCCUUGUGCACCGCGCCCGGGACCUCCCCGGACAUGAAGCGCUACCUGUGGGAGCGAUACCAGGAGGCGAAGAGGAACACGCACGAAUUGGUUCCUUCAAUCAUGAGCAACUUGCUGAACCCAGAUGCGAUCUUCUCCAACAAUGAGAUGAGCCUGUCGGACAUCGAGAUCUACGGCUUCGACUACGACUACACCCUGGUGUUCUACUCCAAGCACCUCCACACGCUCAUCUUCAACGCCGCUCGGGACCUUCUCAUCAACGAGCACCGGUAUCCCGUGGAAAUCAGGAAGUAUGAGUACGACCCCAACUUUGCCAUCCGGGGGCUGCACUAUGACGUCCAGCGGGCAGUGUUGAUGAAGAUUGAUGCUUUCCAUUACAUCCAGCUGGGAACUGUCUACAGAGGCCUCAGUGUGGUCCCAGAUGAGGAAGUCAUUGAGAUGUAUGAGGGGUCCCACGUGCCCCUGGAGCAGAUGAGCGACUUUUACGGAAAGAGCUCUCACGGCAACACCAUGAAGCAGUUCAUGGACAUCUUCUCCCUGCCGGAGAUGACCCUGCUGUCCUGUGUGAACGAGCACUUUCUGAAGAACAACAUCGACUACGAGCCUGUGCACCUGUACAAGGACGUCAAGGAUUCAAUUCGGGAUGUCCACAUCAAAGGAAUAAUGUACAGAGCAAUUGAAGCAGACAUCGAAAAGUACAUUUGCUACGCUGAGCAGACCCGUGCGGUGUUGGCCAAGCUGGCCGAUCAUGGCAAGAAGAUGUUUCUCAUCACCAACAGCCCCAGUAGCUUCGUGGACAAAGGGAUGAGGUAUAUUGUUGGGAAAGACUGGAGGGAUCUGUUCGAUGUGGUCAUCGUUCAGGCUGAGAAGCCAAACUUCUUCAAUGAUAAGCGGAGACCUUUCCGAAAGGUGAAUGAGAAGGGUGUCUUACUCUGGGAUAAAAUCCACAAGUUGCAGAAAGGCCAGAUUUACAAGCAGGGCAAUUUGUAUGAAUUUUUGAAGCUUACUGGGUGGAGAGGCUCCAGAGUGCUGUAUUUCGGGGACCACAUAUACAGUGACCUGGCGGAUUUGACCCUGAAGCAUGGCUGGCGGACUGGUGCCAUCAUCCCCGAGUUAAGGUCGGAGCUCAGAAUCAUGAACACGGAGCAGUACAUCCAGACCAUGACCUGGCUGCAGACCUUGACCGGCUUGUUGGAGCAGAUGCAGGUUCACAGAGAUGCUGAGUCACAGCUGGUCCUGCAGGAGUGGAAAAAGGAGCGAAAGGAGAUGAGAGAGAUGACUAAGAGCUUCUUCAACGCCCAGUUUGGAAGCUUGUUCCGCACAGACCAGAACCCCACCUACUUCCUGAGGCGCCUCUCGAGGUUCGCGGACAUCUACAUGGCCUCUCUGAGCUGCCUCUUGAACUACGACGUCAGCCACACCUUCUACCCCAGGAGGACUCCACUGCAGCAUGAGCUGCCCGCGUGGUCCGACAGGGUCGCCGCCUCCCGGGUGCCCCUCCUCCAGGAGGCCCAGGCCAAGUAACCCAGGCCACCUGGGGAAAGUGCCAGAGGCAGCCCCGGCCUGCCAUGGAGACUGGAUGGGCUUGACUCUGGGCGGUCCGAGUGUCGCUUUCUGAGAGGUACAGACAGGCCUUUGAUGUGUUUUUACUUUAAGGAGAGGACUCCCCAGGCUGAGAGGAGCUUGCGGCCCACAGUGGGCCUCCCUCCUCUCAGGGGUUGGGGACAGCGUGGUACUGAAAGUCCCACAGCCUUGUUCACCAGGUCCUGAGCUGACAGAUAUUCUGGGUUAGUUGAGACCACUCGGUGCCAGCUCUGUGUUCAGCAGGCCCUUUAGAAAUUGUUCCUGACUCUUUACCAUUUACCCUGGGGCUGCAGGGCCCGAGGAUGCAGAGAGAUACCCCGUGGGCAGCGGGCAGCUAUCUUAGUGAGCUGCUCAUGGCAGAGGCCCCAGGCUUCUGGUCCCAGGCUCUGGUGGGCCCUCCUGUGGUGUAUCACAGCCAAGAGAGCCCAGCCUCCCAGAAGGACUUGUGUGAGAAGGAACGAGAACGCUGACCUCAUCCUGUGCUGCUGUGACCCACCCCAGGCCGGGCAGGGACAGUGGGUACCACAGGCGGUGGCAGGUGUCCUUCCCUCCCCAGGGAAGGAGGGCGGAGGGCAUUGCUCUGGUUACGGUCGCCUUCCGGCUGGCGACACAUCCACCGCAGAACGAGGCUGUGAGAUGUCAGCGGGGCGAAGAACCGCAGCCUCCGUGGGAGGUCCCCCAGACACAGGAAGCCCAGGAACGCCACCCAGCAGUGGUUUCUCGCACUCAUUGGAGGAAAGAAAAUGAAGCAAGACAAGACCUGGUAAUGAACUACCACACCGCGGCCUGGCACCCGGGCUGCCUGGAACCUCGUUAAAGCACGUUGCCAGAACUGUCCCUGUCGGGAGGGAGACGGUCAAGGCGCCUUCCUCUCUCAGCAGUCAGCCCCGCGGGAGAGGAGCCGGCUCUGGCCUGCACCAGAGGAGGAAGGGCCAUCCCCAGCCCCGCCGGUCCUUCCUUGGCUCUGGCUCCUGCCCUGUUUGAGUGGCUUCGGGAGUGGGGUGGUUUCCUUUUGGUGACUGGGGUGGGACAGGAUGAGGGAUAGUGAAGUUCAUAGGAAGGCCUGGUACCGAGCUGUUCCCAUUUCUAAGACCGGAGCAGAUGGCUUAUGUCCCCCCUCGUUCCCUCCCUGUGAGGGAGGAGCGCGUGCCCCUUCCCGAGACCGUGACGUGCUUCGGGCCAGGCGGGCUCGCUGGUCGUGCCAGAACUCGUCUUAGGCUUCUGCUCCUCAGAGCAGGAGGUCGGCAGGAACGUGGGGGCUCGUCCCGCAGCACCUUCGCCUAGAGGCGCGCCCAGCUGGGCUGCCAUCGGGCAGGAGUCAGUGAGUCACGGGGCGUCCUCCGUGGCUCUGCCUGUCGCCAUGGCACUUGACUUGUGGUGUUUCGCUGUUUCCCUGUCACGGGGAAGGUGACCCUCCAGACAGGCAGGCUCCUCUUUCCUUCUGUGUUGUGUGGUAAACACUGGAGGACAGCAGUCUGGUCCUUUUCCGGAACAGUGGGCAUUUCGUUGUUUGUGUCGCCCAGGUGUUUAGCCACCAGUGCUUUGGAGGCUGGCUUUUGAUGCAGCAGGCGAUACUCAGAACUGCUUAGUGUUGGGAUCCUAAAAGGCUGCAUGGUGUUUUCUCUUGGCUUAUAAUUUCUGCUUUGCAGAAGCAGAAGCGGGUAGGUAUUGUUGACCGGUGUCCUUGGUUUGUAUCUAUUCAGUGUCCGUGGCAUACGCACGAGGUGCCAGUUACAGGGUGUUUUGUUGGCUCAAGAGUGAAGUAGAACUGUUUUAAAAACUUGCUUUCUUGAAUGUCUGGGUUAGGUGACCCUGAGGCAGGGGGCAUUUUCUGAGUAUUAUGAAAAAUGAAUUUUACAAAUUAUUCCCAGGAGGAGAGUUUUCAUGUCAGGGCCAUGAGCCUGGCUGCACAGAGAUCUGCCAGGUAGCAGAGGCCUGGCGUCUGCUGCACUGGGCCACCAAACGUGGUCCUGGCAGCCCGCAGCGUGUGCGGCUCACAAGAGCACCUCGUAGCAGGGACGGGCGUUGCCCACCUGUCUGUCCUGCUGAGCUCAGUCGAGGCAGGCUCCACCUGUCACCCUCAGGACUCGGCUGGGACCCGGCAGGCGGCACUGCGCAUCCUGUUGUCUCCCGUUCUCCGGUGUGUGCGUGGCUGGGAGCAUGCUGGCAUCAGGAGCAGCAACUGUUUGCUACCGCUAAAAAAAUCAAUUUGUAAAGCAAACAGUAAAAUUAGUUCGAACAUUUAAACGGUUUCUGUUUUUAACCUUGCUUAGAUUGAUUUUCUAAGAAUUAUGUGAACAAAAAUUGACAGUCCAGGGCCAGUCCACACCAGUGGGGCAGUCCAGGAGGCUCAUGCACCGUGGCAGGGGCCUGGGGCAGGGACAGCACUGAGGGUUUUUUCGAGAGUUGCUUGUAUAGAGGAAACCUGGCUUUAAGUAUUUUAAGUAUUUGGCUAAAGCUCCCACUUUCCUUCUAACACAUUCAUAUUCUCUCUCUCUCUCUUUCUCUCUCUGUCUCUCUCUUCCCGUCUCCCCUCUCCAUCCUUCCCCAUCAUAUUUUACUCUUGAGCUCCAUUUUCUGCUCUCACCAUUAAUUCUGUGUGACAUAUACCACCUGCUACGGAUUUUGGCCUAUCAGACUGAAUCUGGUUGCUUUGAGUACAUCAGCCCUCUUCAUUAUCGCAAAGGAGAAGUGAGAAGCAAUCUCGCCUCCUUCCUGAUUUAGCUUUGGGUGAGCUCAGUGGCUUUUCCUCUCUCCUCUCAGUCGAAUUUUUGAGCAGCAGAGAAUGCUGAAUAUCGACUCUGCAUUCUACUUAGCUCAAUGCUCACUUGCUGCCAGAGACCCAGACCGGGACCCCUUAUCUAGAAUACACUAAAUUUGGCCAGAUGCAGGGUUCUCUGAUUAUUCAACUGCCUGUGUUUUCCAUCCUGAUAAUACUGAUUUUCUUUUGUACCACCUUUUUUAAAAAAAAUUGUUCUUUUGUGCUUUAGUAUUUGGGAGCUGGGUUCAGAGUUGAGCUAACCUUUGACACCACUGUUGGCUUAAGGGAAGGGGAGGAGUUCCUGAAAUAAGGGUCAGAGAACUUCUCCCUUAAAGGGCCAGCUGGGUACUGCUUUCAGCCUUGCUCCUGUAGCAGGGCAUGGCAGCUCUCCAUUGUGACUCAUCUGCCAGAACAGGCUGCGGGCUGGAUCUGGCCCUGGGCUGUGGUGUGCAGGCCCCCACUCUGAUGGAGUGUGUUGGUUUUUGGGGUGAGAUUCCCCUUUUGAGAGAUGCAGAUGAGUAACCUGACAGCUCGGAUGCAGAGCUAGAAGGAAGCUCUCUGGGGAGGACUGCCCCACGGUCCCUUCUCAGCUGCUUUCCAGGCUGUCUCCUUGUUGGCCAGCGGUCAGACGCCCUGUGUCCCGCGCACGUCAGGAAUGCUUCAUGGUGUGUACCUGAGCUACCUCUCCUCGUUGGUUACUGUGCGUAUUGGGUGCUGGGCUCCCCUGCCCAGUACCUUUCUGGACUGAAGGCCUUAGUUCCCCUACCGCAGUGUGUGCUGUUGGCCAACUGUUCGCAGCUGUCAGACUUCUGGGAAUUUCCCUUGCCUCGCCCCAGACCAGGCCCGCCUCUUGGGGGCCUCUGGACUGCUGCAUGUGGAGGCACAGAGGCCUGGCCUCCCCAGUCGGGGGCGGCCCUGUAGAGCCCUCCAGCUCCAGCGCUCUCUGUGGGGUCAGCCAGCCUGCCACCCCACCUCCUUGCCUUCUGGCAGAUCUGCAGCACUUCCCUGUAAACCUUCCUGCAUGCAGCGCCCGUCCAGGGAACCCACCUGGGGCAGUGCUUCUGAACUUUUCUAGUAGUACAAGCUUCAACUCCAACUUGGAGACUUUUCUAAUCGUGUAGUAGAAUGACAAACUGUGCCUGUACAAUCACAGGUAUAAAAAUGCAAAUUAGGUAACUAUUUAUUCUGAACGUGAAUUUGCUAUUUAUUCUAAAUGUCGAUUUUAUGUUUUAAGUGAUAUUGUACUCAAGCCGAAUAAAAGUGUGAAUUGUAUCGCCUG